UUUUCACUGACUGGACUUGUCAGACAAUUGCCUUUCCAUCCAUCGUACCUAGAGGUUGAACGGGGGCGCUUCGCCCCGGACAACAUGUUACGGUGCGCGGCAUUUUUACUACCGUUGUUUGUUCAGUGUCAAAGAUAAAGGACAAGAUUUCCACAUAAGCUGAGGGCUGAACAUAUUUGUGUUACUAGGUAUGACCAAUAACACCUUUGCGCCAUGUGUCACAUCUGUGCAAACGUUCUUCCCAGUGAUCCUCUUAGUUGUCCCACAGUGGUCACUUUCACCAACUUUACCGCAGUGUCCCAAACAAACAUCCAUUUCAUCGAAAAUUAAUGUGCACUUUACCCUGAGUCGACUGUGUGGCCUUCACGCAGCUACUCCGCCCUCAGUUAUGGCCCAAAUUGUACCACCGCCCCGGGCGGCAAAACGUGUUGCUACGCCACGGAUCGUACCAUUGCACCGUUGCUCUCUCCAUCUGCUACAAGGAUUUGACGGUUAAGGUAGCGGAAGUUAGCUCAGAAUUAAAUGUGAACUUUGACUGCACAGUUCUGUUCCUUUGAGUUCCCACUGCCUAAGCU